AUGACGCCACAACACCUGUUUAAGCUGCCGGUGGAGCUUGUCGUUGAGACAGCUCAGUAUUUGGCGAGGUGGGCGAGCUCCUCCGUGGUUGGCCCCGGAGGACCUGGAGGCCCCUUGAGCCCUCAUCAGACUGGGCAAAGAGAACACCGGCCGACGUACUGUACCAAACGUACUCGUCAAUGGAAAGAGUAUAGGCAUCUGGUUGACUCUGACGGUGAUAACCUGCUGCACCGGGCCGUGAAGCGAAGCCGACCGAUUGCGGACAUUGCUUUCCUCCUGGACGAGGAACUGGACAUCAACCACCGCAACGGUCAAGGCCGUACUCCGCUUGCUGUUGCGAUCGCGAUCAAGAAUAGCGCUCGGAUCAAAAAGCCAGAUAUAGUGGAGUUGCUGCUACAGCGAGAGCAAAGACCGACGUUCCAAACAACCGGUCCUGAUAUCCUCUGCAUCGAGCGGCUUUCGACGCGAAAACAUGGGCUGAACGACUGUUGGCGCAAUAUGACGCCGACCUCGAGGCUCGGACUUCUCACGGUGAAAGACCACUUUAUAUGGCCUGGAGCGUCUACUCGCAAUGUGAGCUCAUCAAAGCACUGCUGGACGCUGGGGCGAACAUGGAUGUACCUGCAAGUGACCCGGUCGGGAGGUCGGUUUUCCAACACGCCGUCUUUCAUGGAUACCUGGACAUCGUGCACUUGCUGCUUGCUGCUACGUGGAUGUCAGUAUCUGCGGCGGAGACAACAACUCUACGGCGUUAACCUGGGCUGUUCGAGGUGGCAAGCUUGA